AUGACAGUGGCAGAUUAUGAAGGGAUGCGAGUUUCAGAAUUGAUGCAGCCUAAUGAGAGGAAAUGGAACGAAGCUUUGAUUCAUCAAUUAUUCAAUUUGAGAGAUGCAGCAGAAAUUUUAAAAAUACCAAUCAGCUGUAUGCAAGAUGAAGAUGUUCCGAUUUGGAGGUUUAGCAAGAACGGCAUCUACUCGGUUCGUUCAGCAUAUUACCAACUCAUGGAGGCUAUAAUAGACAACACUCAUCUCAGAGUCGAAGGGGACUCAAUGAAGAUAUGGAGAACACUUGGAGGUUGCUUGCCGGUUCGGUUGCUUCAGAAAGGAGUUCAAUGUGAACCAAACUGUCCUUGUUGUGCUUCAGCCACUGAAAAUGAAUGUCACUGUUUUAUUGGUUGUGAUGUAGCUCAAGAGGUUUGGAGAGAAAUGGGAGAUAGGGAGACAAUGGAGCAAUAUGUAUGGAAUGCACAAGGGCAUGUAGAGCUGUUUUUUACAUUAUUGCAGGACCUGGACAGCGAAAGAAUGGCACGAAAUGUCAUGACGUUAUGGAUGAUUUGGUGGAGACGCAAUCAAAAAUGUUGGCAUGACAAUCUACACUCAACCUCUGAAGUUAAACAACGAGCUACAGAGUCUCUAGACGAUUGGUUGCGCGUGCAUUGUCGACAAGAACACAGCAGCUUAAACGCUAGCAGAGUUGUGCAGCAAAAUUGGACAAAGCCACAGCAAGGAAGCUUUAAAUGUAAUAUGUGGAUGAAUCUAACUGAAUUUGGUAGCUCGUGA